UGGAAGAGAGAGCACACACGCCGGAAAACAUGGCCAAGCUCGCGGUAUUGAUCUUGUUUGCGUUGCUCGGUGCCGCGGCGCCUGCUCAAGCAGGGUACAAUGGCUACCCUAGUGAGGCCCCGGUAUCGAUGCCACCGGCGGCGAGCCCUGAGGGUUCUCCUCAAACCUACCCGGGCGUGGCCCCGGUACCGUGCCCGCCGAGCUCUACUCCAGCAAGCGCAAGCCCGCCCAGCCCGGCUCCUCCAUCCCCGGCGCCACGGCUCAGGUUUGGCUUCUACAAGAAAUCGUGCCCUAGCGCGGAGUACAUUGUCAGGGAGGCCGUGAGGAAUGCCACGAGGGUGAACCCCGGCAUCGGCGCCGGCCUCAUCCGCAUGGCUUUCCACGACUGCUUCGUCCAGGGUUGUGACGGGUCCGUGCUGCUCGACCCGACGGCGGCGAACCCGCGGCCGGAGAAGCUUGGCCCGCCAAACUUCCCGAGCCUGCGCGGCUUCGAGGUGAUCGACGCGGCCAAGGCGGCACUCGAGGAGGCCUGCCCCGGCAAAGUCUCGUGCGCCGACGUCAUCCAGUUCGCCGCCCGCGACGCGUCCUUCUUCCUCAGCAAAGGCGGGGUCAACUACCCGCUCGCCGGGGGCCGCUUCGACGGCCGCGUGUCGUUCGAAAACGAGACGCUCGCCUUCCUGCCCCCACCGUUCUUCAACCUCUCGCAGCUCAUCGACAGCUUUAAGGUCAAGGGGCUCAACGUGGACGACCUCGUGGUCCUCUCCGGCUCCCACACCAUCGGACGAUCCCACUGCUCGUCCUUCUCCGACCGCAUCUCCACACCGCCCUCCGACAUCAACCCGGGCCUCGCCACCGUGCUGAAGAGGCAGUGCCCGGCAAACCCCAACUUCACCAACGACCCUACCGUGGUGCAGGACAUCGUCACGCCCAACAGGCUGGACAAUCGGUACUACAAGAACGUGCUCAACCGCAAUGUGCUCUUCAACUCCGACGCGUCGCUGCUCACGUCGAGGCAGACGGCGAGGAAGGUUGUCGAGAAUGCAUUCAUCCGCGGAAGGUGGGAGAGGAAGUUCGCCAAGGCCAUGGUGAAGAUGUCGCUAAUCGAGGUCAAGACCGCCGCCGACGGCGAGAUCAGGACGAAGUCAUGCCGGGUCGUCAACUAGCAGCUUGGACAGCUUGACGCCGACGUACUGUCACCACUUUGCACCUGGUCAUUAACCUUCCGUGCUGCAGCUAGCGUUUUAUUGGUUCGUUGCAUUUGUUUCUUCAGAGGCGCGUACGCGUCGUUGUUUCAUUCUUUCGUUGCGCCCAGAUGAUCAGUUUGGUUUAUUGUACUGCAGUUUCCUGAAGAUGUACUCGAUUAGAGAUCAGAUGAUUCAAUAAAGUUUC